AUGGCUUUCCUUCCACCAAGCCGUGAAUAUUCUCGGCUUUCGACACAUCAAAUAGGAAGUACAGCGGAAAAACGACAAGGGUUCGAGUCCAUCCUUGGCGCCGAGAAAGCAAAGCAGCUAGAACAGCUCGUAGAGGAACGUUCUCUAGCUCGGUUGGAGGGGAACUAUUUACAUGCAGACAUGAUUCGAGACCAAAUAUCUAGCCUGGAUUUGCCUGACAAUUGGGAAGUAGUGGUGACGGAUGUACCAAGGAAACAGGGUGGAGGAUCCACUUGGGAACUAGUGCAAACGAAACAAGAAAUGCCAAUCUUGGAAGGUCCAACCGUUUUGCAACUGGCACAUGCAGCACUUGGCUUGGCAGUGGAAUGUUCUGUUCAGGCGAACCUCGGACGAGCACAUACUGCCUUGGGAAUGCAACAACAAACUUCCCACAAGGAAAAUGAAGGCAACGAACAACUAGAUUUCAUUGUGGAACAAGCCAAAGCUAGAUUUCAGCAUACCAACUGGACCGACGCAGAGCUGGCAGGUAGAAAAGCUGCGGAUGCUGCGUUUUGGUUUGCUCUUGCAGGGGUGACCGAUCAAUUCAUCUUUGAAAACCUCACCGACGUUGCUACUCGCGAGCUGGGUCGUUUUGGUUCUCGAUCCUCUUGUCGAGCCAAGGACAUCUACCAGAUAAUGGAACGCUUUUCGGCGGCAGGAUUUCAGAAUACGGAUCGACUGGAAGAAGCUGCCAAAAAGGCGCUGAUUGCCAAAGGAGAUACUGAUGAUUGUGACCCUCUUCUAGACUUCCAUUCCGAUCGAUCUCUGUUAUUGAUUUGGAAAUUCUCUACCAAACAAAAGAAGCAACGUGCAUUCUUACGUUCUGCUCUCACGCACUGGCAACGGCAAAAGGGAGAUGGCGAAGAGGAAGAAAGCGGAGACUCAGAAUUGACGAAGACUGAUGAUAUGGAUAUCGGGGAGGCCCAAAUACAGGAAUAUAACUGGAAUGGUAUGUUCAAGGAUCCUUCUCGACCUCUCGUGAUUGAUGUUGGCUGUGGCAUGGGUGUAUCAUUGCUGGGCUUGGCAAGUGGAAACAGCCAAGUAUCUUCACAAGUUCUACUUGGCGAAAAUUCAUCUUCAUUGUCAUGGAAAGACUGUAAUUUUGUUGGAUUGGAUCUAGGAGCACUUGGAAUUGGGUACGCACGCGGCCUAGCUUUUCGUCGGGGCAUUGACGAUCGCCUCCAAUUUGUCGUUGAUUCUGCAGAAAGUUGUUUACAGAGCUUGGUUCGAUCGUAUCCCGGUCCCAUCAAACUUUGUUUGAUCCAGUUUCCGACCCCGUACUCUCUAAAAACAACACCAGGGACUGGGAACACGCAGCUGCCUAGUUCGCCUCGUGAUGGAUUUAUGGUCACAGAAGAACUUCUUCACUUGGUGCAUCAAGCUUUGUCCAAAUCGGAUGGAAAGUUGCUGCUUCAAUCGAAUUGUGAGGAUGUUGCUGUAUAUAUGCACGAUCUGGCGAUAGAGAAGGUUGGCUUUCAAGUUGAAGCUGCUGAUCAAAGCAUGUCGGAGACAACGUGUGCAUCAUAUGGCUAUACUAGCUCAACUCCACGAGUACCACAACGAAUGGCGGAUUGGAUUACCAUGGGGGGCAAACGGGCAGUAGGUGAUGAUUGGAGUAAGGCACCCAUUCUACACAGAGCAAGUGCUACAGAGACAGAGGUUGCAUGUGCGCUGAACGGAACACCCGUUCAUAGAUGCGUACUACGAGCAGUUGGCGAUCAAAUUUAG